UGGAAGUAGAAGCAGUCCAGGUCCAAAUGCUGUACACACUACCUGAGUUCCCUGAAGUACUUUUGUCUGUAAUGCAGAUCGACAAGCUCAUAAAAGACAAAAACUUGGAAGAGGCUUAUGUAAAUAUGCGAUCCCUGCAGCAGGAGGUUCAGUGCGAGCAGGAAGCUCUGGGUGAGGAACCGUCUCCAGUGGAACUGGUCCAUAAAGAAAAAGACCUGAGUUUGCUUUACAAGACACUGAGGGACAAACUGACUGAAAUAAUCAGGCAUUCCUGUGCGCAGUUGUCUCCUAACAAAGAACUACUCGUGCAAGUGGCUGCCAUCAUUGAUGAGGAGGAAAAGAACGAAGGGCAUGUUGGGGAGCAAGGUGGGUGGAGAGAUCUCUGGAGGUCUGCAAUAAAAGAUGGGGUGAAGGACACACUUAAGCGGGUACCACUGGACAGCAUCGAGCAAAAUGCUUCCUGGUUGGCAGUACAUUUGGGAAAAGUAGGAAAAAAUAUUGUGGAAGACUUACAGAAAGUAAAGACAGAACUUGUGAGCUCAUACCCACCAAGUUUCAACGUGUUUGAUACUUAUGUUUCAUCGUUUCACAAUGUUGUGAAAGAACAUCUGAAGGGGCUUUUGGCAAAGGUGACAGACAAGAAGGAUUACUAUGCUCUUCUGGAUUUUAUUAUAAAUAGAUACAGUGAGAAGAUCAUGGGAAACAUUUCUUUAAAACCAGAGAUGAAGGAGGAACAGAAAUCUCUUCAACUGGAUGGGGAUUUCCUAGAACAGAUAAAGAACGCAUACCUCAGACGCCUACAAGAGGAUUUGAAGUCAUCCCUAAACAGGGUAAUUGAGCUAGAGCACGAUGAGAUGUGGAAAGACAAGAAAAAACCUGAACUAAAUGAAGCACUUUACAACUCCCACAUUUACAUGGACAUCUGGACGAAUUUUGAAGGACAGAUCCAGGCAGCUGGCAUGCUGGAUACAGAUCUGAAACAGAAAGUCUUGUGCUGCUGCCUUGACGAGCUGAAGCAGUUUCCCAAACAAUUUGAGUCAGCCUUUGUGCAAUGGAGCAAUAAUUGUCUUCCUGAUCCCUCACUAUGGGCAGAGUAUAAUAUUACCUACAUCAACAGCUUCAUUGCUUUAAAAGAGCACACAGAGAAUCACAAAGAAAGGAGUCGACAUCAGGUUGAGCAACUGGCAAAAGAGGUGGAUGGACUUGUUGCCAGACUGAGUCAGGCUCUGCUGGAACGCUUUAAAACUGACACCAAGAUUUUUUUGAGAAGGAUGAUGACGAGGAAGUGGCUGUCUAGCGAUGAAGAUUUUAAACAACUACAUAAGAGGAUUGAAACUCUGUCUCAACAGUGCAAGCACAUGAGCCCUCAGCAUAUAAAGGUGUUUGUGUGUGAUGUGCACUACUUUGUAGUGAGGGAAUAUGUAUCUCAGCUGAUGAAGAACAACUACUCUUGCAAAAACAGAAAGAAUGUAUCAGCUGCCUCCAAAAUACAAGAGCAAUGGGGUGAACUAUGUGAACUCUUUAAGGAAAUGGAUUCUACCCAUAGCUGGCUUUAUCAAGUAGGAUACCACCUGAGCAAGAUCGUUGGACAAACAAAGAAAAGUGACAUUAAGAAUUACCUACAGCCUCUUGUUGAAGACUAUCCAGAUUUCAGUAAAAGACAUCUCUCCUCAUUGCUGUAUUUCUGCGGGGUUACCCGUGGCCGAGUGAGACAAGGACUUCUACAGAAGCUCUCAGAGCUGAGUCGCCAUACCAAAAAUGCUGGAAGCACAAAGCAGGUCCUGUUCAGUGACAUACAGACAGCAGCAAACACAGACUGCCUAGCUAACAUGCCUUUUUCAUGUCUCUCUAUUCUUACAGAUGACAACUAGGCCUAGAAACAGAUAUAAAUCAAAUAUAAGUUCUACUGUUUCUGUUAGCGGCCUAUUUUAAAAGCUAACACAAAAAUAAUAUUAGGGCUUUUAAAGCACGAGUCACGCUUUUAGAUUAGGAUAUGGGCACCAUUGCCAUCCUAUAUGCUUUAAUGUAAAAGUAAGAUGUUAGAUCUUAACAUAGAGUAUAAAUUAUGAAGCACAUUAAAAUAAAUAAAUUACUGCUGGGCAGGAUUUUAAAUUAAGAAAUCAUAAUAUAACAUAUUGGUUAUUCUUGGGUCUUAAAUUCAGGUCCUUGGCACCUACAUUACAUGCUGCUUUUUUUCUACAUCUACAAAAUAUAGCUCUAUCAAUAACACAUCACAAUGGAUAAAUGCUAACAAUAGCAUAGCAGAAGAAAUAGUGAUAUGGGAAAGAAACAGGGAGCCAGCAGUCAUUUGAAAAGUGUUGCAGAAACAAUAGUUGCACACAGUAAACAUUGAACUGCAAUGCACUCAUCUAUAUUUGCACACUGAUGAGGCAUAACAUUAUGACCACCUUUCUAAUAUUGUGUUGGUUCCCCUUUUGCUACACCAUUCACAGCAAACUGCAGUGCACUGUGUAUUCUGACACCUUUCCAUCAGAACCAGCAUUAACCUCUUUAGCAAUUUUAGCUACAGUAGCUCGUCUGUUGUAUCGGACCACACGGGCCAGCCUUCGCUCCCCACGUGCAUAAACAAGCCUUGGCCGCCCAUGACCCUGUCGCCGGUUUAUCACUGUUCCUUCCUUGAACCACUUUUGAUAGAUACUGACCACUGCAGACCGGAAAAACAGCACAAGAGCUGCAGUUUUGGAGAUGUUCUGACCCAGUUGUCUAACAUUACAAUUUGGCCCUUGUGAAACUCGCUGCCUAAUAUAGGUUCACUUGCUGCCUAAUAUAUCCCACACACUAACAGGUGUCGUGAUGAAGAGAUAAUCAGUGUUAUUCACUUCACCUGUCAGUGGUCAUAAUGUUAUGCCUAGUCAGUGUACACCCCAUGCAAAACUUAGGACAUAGUUGGGUAUUUAAACAUUGCUCACUGGCAUUUUCACAAAUCAGAACAUUUUGAAACAAUGUACAUUGCACAUAAAAAAGUGGUAUCGAGCCAGCCCUAACAAUAAUCCAGCUUCUCAUGUUUGGAGAAAAAAAGGUUAAACAUAUGAGUCCAAGAAUGUACAACCCAUAGUAAGAUAUGAAGGUUAGGGCAUAAUGAUUUGGGGCUAAUUUUCUGCACUUUACCUGAAUCUGAAUCUUUGUAAAUAUGUUUUAAUUUUAUUUAACCUGGAAAAUACCUAUAAAUGUGUUUAAAUGUACUGUACUUUAUCCUAAUGUGAAAUGUCAUUGUACUUCAAUUGGAAUCUCUGUAAAUAUGUUGUGAUUUCACAUUGCCUAAAUUUGUGUGUAUUUUCAAAAUAAUGUAGUGUAAUGUACGUAGGU